AUGGCAUUGACUACUUCUACUACUAGUUUGAGGUGGCAGAUACACCACCAAGUCCAACAACAUUGUUGCUCAAUCCACUGCGAAUCCCUCUAUAUUCGGGAGAAUCAUCAAGCACUGACAGCAGUAGAACAAUUCCUAUGGCCCAGAAGAAGAAAACAUGAUUGUGCUAGUUUACAACAACGCAGCAGAACCCGAUCCACCCGGUCUCCUCUUCUUCUACUGCCUUCUAUUCUUCCUCCUUGCCCUCGUUCUCUUCCGAUUCCUCAUCGUUUUCUUCUUCCUCCUCCUCCUUUUCGUCCUCUGCGCCGACCUCGUUCACCUCCUCGGUUAUUUCCUAUGUCCUCCUUAGCCAAUUCCGAUUCCAAUGCCAGUUCCUCUCCUCCCGCCACUAAAACGGAAAGGGUUGUGAUCAAGGGGAGAGUCCAGGGGGUAUUCUACAGGGAUUGGACUGUGCAGAAUGCGACGGAAUUGGGGCUCAAGGGUUGGGUUCGGAACCGGAGGGAUGGCUCUGUGGAGGCCUUGUUUUCUGGGCCGGCGGAGAAGGUCCAGGAGAUGGAGCAGCGUUGUCGGAGUGGUCCACCUUCUGCAAUUGUCACCGGAUUCCAGGCUUUCCCUUGCAAUGACGAUCCCGGGACAGGUUUUGAGCGCAGGCAAACUGUUUGA